AAAUUAAGUAUUCUGUUUCUAGAUAUUUGAGUUUGAAUCCAACCUGCUGCAUAAUGAAUAUACACCAUUAAAAUAUCAGAGAAUGGUUGAAAAUGAACACCUAAUAUUAUCAAGUAGAUACAAAAGAGAUUCUGGAUACAACAGUUGCUCCUCAGCCGGAGGAUUGGGGAUAUUUUCGUUUUUAUUAUUCCUGGUAUACCUGGCAAGUCUAUUGAACACACUGGCUCAGAAUAUGAUGUUAAAUAUUAUGAUCAACGGCCAAGCAGUUUCAAUCUUUCAGGCUAUUCUGAUGGCACUUCUUGGAGGAGGGUUUACAAGCGUUACAAAUGUAAACACAAACAACAACAACAAUAACAAUAACAAUAACAACAACAAUAAUAACAACAACAACAAUAACAACAACAAUAACAUGAACAUGAACGGAAGACGAUUUAUGAGAAGUCUGGAGUUUUCCAAGUCAAUGAAUGAAUAUGAAAUAUUACGAUGUAUUUACGAUGAAUAUUUAUAAUGUUAUAUUUUUUAUACACAUUUUUUAUCGUGCAGUAUUUUAAUUUUACUGCUCAGUGUAUAUGUUUUCUGAAGAAUAUUAUUGUUUUAAUAAGAAACAAAUUUGUUCUUGUAGAAUUGGUGCAUUUCCAAACAUAAUCAAUGCCCAUUAGUAUCCAUGAAGAAAAUUGGGCCUGAUCGGUUGAGUCGUUUUGACGUUUAUUGUCGGAUUCAAACGAACAAACAAACACACACACAGACAAACAAAAAUAAGU